CGAACAGAGAAGGCGGGGGAAGAAAGCGGAAGCCGAAGGGUCUUCUACACCAGAAAGUCUCCGGAGCUAGCGCCGGGCUAUCGCAGCGCCCCCCCCUUUGAGACACAGUCUUAGAAGCCGGCGCGGGGAAGGCGUCGUCGCUGGAGCUGAGGCCAGGCGUCCAGAGUACUCAGGGAUGAACCUCGAGUUGCUCGAGUCCUUUGGGCAGAAUUAUCCAGAGGAAGCUGAUGGAACUUUGGAUUGUAUCAGCAUGGCCCUGACUUGCACCUUUAACAGGUGGGGCACGCUGCUUGCAGUUGGCUGUAAUGAUGGCCGAAUUGUCAUCUGGGAUUUUUUGACAAGAGGCAUUGCUAAAAUAAUUAGUGCACAUAUCCAUCCAGUCUGUUCUUUAUGCUGGAGUCGAGAUGGUCAUAAGCUUGUGAGUGCUUCCACUGAUAACAUAGUGUCACAGUGGGAUGUUCUCUCAGGAGACUGCGACCAGAGGUUUCGGUUCCCUUCACCCAUCUUAAAAGUCCAGUAUCAUCCACGAGAUCAGAACAAGGUUCUCGUGUGUCCCAUGAAAUCUGCUCCUGUCAUGUUGACCCUUUCAGAUUCCAAACAUGUUGUUCUACCGGUAGACGAUGACUCGGACUUGAACGUGGUUGCAUCUUUUGAUAGGCGAGGGGAAUAUAUCUAUACAGGAAAUGCAAAAGGCAAGAUUUUGGUCUUAAAAACAGAUUCUCAAGAUCUUGUUGCUUCCUUCAGAGUAACAACUGGAACAAGCAAUACCACAGCCAUUAAGUCAAUAGAAUUUGCCCGGAAGGGGAGUUGCUUUUUAAUUAACACGGCAGAUCGAAUAAUCAGAGUUUAUGAUGGCAGGGAAAUCUUAACCUGUGGGAGAGAUGGAGAGCCUGAACCUAUGCAGAAGUUACAGGACUUGGUCAAUAGGACCCCAUGGAAGAAGUGCUGCUUCUCUGGGGACGGGGAGUACAUAGUGGCCGGGUCAGCCCGGCAGCACGCCCUGUACAUUUGGGAGAAGAGCAUAGGCAACCUGGUGAAGAUCCUCCACGGGACGAGAGGAGAGCUCCUGUUGGACGUGGCUUGGCAUCCUGUUCGACCCAUCAUAGCAUCUAUUUCUAGUGGAGUGGUAUCCAUCUGGGCACAGAAUCAAGUAGAAAAUUGGAGUGCCUUUGCACCAGACUUCAAAGAGCUGGAUGAAAAUGUAGAGUACGAGGAAAGGGAAUCAGAGUUUGAUAUUGAAGAUGAAGAUAAGAGUGAGCCGGAGCAGACAGGGGCUGAUGCUGCUGAGGAUGAAGAAGUGGACGUCACCAGUGUGGACCCUAUUGCUGCUUUCUGUAGCAGUGAUGAAGAGCUGGAAGAUUCAAAGGCUCUAUUGUAUUUACCCAUUGCCCCUGAGGUAGAAGACCCAGAAGAAAAUCCUUACGGUCCCCCACCGGAUGCCGUCCAAACUUCCUUGAUAGACGAAGGGGCUAGUUCAGAGAAGAAGAGGCAGUCUUCCGCAGAUGGGUCCCAGCCACCUAAGAAGAAGCCCAAAACAACCAAUAUAGAACUUCAAGGAGUUCCGAAUGAUGAAGUCCAUCCACUACUGGGUGUGAAGGGGGAUGGCAAAUCCAAGAAGAAGCAAGCAGGCCGGCCUAAAGGAUCAAAAGGUAAAGAGAAAGAUUCUCCAUUUAAACCGAAACUCUACAAAGGGGACAGAGGUUUGCCUCUGGAAGGAUCAGCGAAGGGUAAAGUGCAGGCGGAACUCAGCCAGCCCCUGACAGCAGGGGGAGCAAUCUCUGAACUGUUAUGAAGAUCCUUGAAGUGCUUCAGUCUUCCCCACUUUUCCAUCAUGUGGCUUCUGGACACUGUUCAGUCAUUUGAAAGUGACUUUAAUUUAAAGCAAAUGCCUCUGCUUCGCCCAGGAGGUGGAAGGAGUGAAUUUUAUGUUUGAAUGAAGAAGUGAAUUAUGAACGAAGAGUAUACGUCCCUUCCCUUUCAAGCAUAAGUCCAAAUAGGCUCUCAGGAAUGCGGAUUUGUGAAGACAUCACAUGGGAGUUUGACUCAUUUACACUUUAAUAUGAGUUAUGUUGUGGAGAAAAGAUAUUUGUUUUGCUCAUCUAAUCUCACUGUACCCCGCAUCAUUUUGACCUGUCUCCUACCUGCCUUCUAUCCUCAGUGCACGUCCUUGAGUAACUUGUUCUUAUCUGAAAUUCUGCUACCAGUAUCCUUGGAAAACUUGUUGCAUAUUCUUCCAUUUUGAAACUUACCCUUUCGCCAGAUUCCUCCUGUAUUUCCAUAUUGUGUACAAAGGAUGGGCAAAGAAGAGAGUGCUUGAAACAUUUGACAUUUGUAGAAAGGGGAGAACGAUGAGAAAGGCCCCUCUUCCCAAUGGACCCCAUUUUGCUCAAGCUGGGCUUCAAGAGGGGUUUUUGUUUUCCUUUCACUGCAUGUUUCCCUCCAGUUUGGUUCAUUCGCAUUAAUCAUGUUUUGUGUGUAUGUGUAGUUUUUUUUUUUUUUAAGGUAGCUAGUUUCAUUUGUCUCCAGCAAAGAAUCAUCAGUAGUUUAUAUUGCUUCACUUGUGCUGGCUUCCAGAGAUGGAAACAAACAAGGUGUCUCUCAACAGGCUUUUUUUUUUUUUUUUUAUUGGGGCUGGGGAAUCUAUGAAAGAACUACAGUAAAACCACCCAAAAUCAAAGCAGCAGCCACAGUUCAAAUCACAGACGAAGGAACAAAACUUUCUUAUCAUUGCUUGUGAAUAUCUGUCCUUCUGUCAGUCAUCGCACCUUCCCCUCCUUGUGUCCAAGCUCCUUUUCCUUAUGACAUGUUCCAGUCACUUCCUUUCUAUGAAAGGUUGCUUAGCUUUUAAAAAUUUUUUUACAUCUUGCUUUUGCUGUUCUUUUAUAUAAAAGGUAGCAUAUUGGAUGGAUGUGUACAUUAGGUGUUUGAAAUUCUCUGAAAAUCCAGAGUAUAACCAGAUGUGUGUAUGUGGGGGGUUUGGGGGUGGGAGGUCACUGGUCUGAGGAGAGCUUUUAGCUGACCGGCGUGCUUAACAUGCAUCAUCAUUUUCACAGUGUUUUCAAAGGGGAGUUUGCACAUUGCUUGUUGUGAAAUCUCUAUCAGCUGGUGGGCGCUCCUCUAGGAGCCAAACAGGUUGGUUACCUUUUGGAUUUUGGGAUAGAAAUCAAAGUAGAGCACAUCAGUAAGAGCCUCUGUCCUCUUCCAUCUUUUUGAACCAAAAUACUCAGUGGUUGAUGAGCUGUCCUUGAGUCAGUUGCAAUAUGUCUCUAUUUUUAGAUGCCACUAUUUUUUCCUCAAAUGCUUGUUUUGUGAAUUUCAUUUCAUAUUUCAUCUCAGACCAGUGGUUGAGAUUAGUAGGUGGCUCACUGACAUAUUUUCAUUUGCAGACAUUCCAUUCCAAAUCUGUGUGCUAUGCACUGCAAUAGUGUGCCAACUGUGAUACAAAGGGUUCUGGCAGCAGCUCCUCAUAAUUAUUUAUGCUUUUGGAAUUUUUUUCAGCUCCUGAAAUCUGUCCAUUUCAGCGUGAUUGUCUCAAUUUGUACAAUAUAAGCGUAUUACCUUCUUCCCCUUGUCAUGCCCCUCCUUCCGUUUUCUAAUGUUCUGUAGUUUUGUACAAGACGAGACUUAGCCUUGGGUACUUCUUGCUGAAGCUUUAAUGCUUUGUAAAUAAAAUUGGAUGUUUAUUAAA